UCCGUGUCGCGGCCGCGCAUGCGCAGAGCGCGCGGGAAGAUGGCGCUGCUGCGGCAGGCGUACGCGGCGCUGUUCCGCCGCACCUCCACCUUCGCCCUCAGCAUCGUGCUGGGCGCCGUCCUGUUCGAGCGCGCCUUCGACCAGGGCGCCGACGCCAUCUUCGAGCACCUCAACGAGGGGAAACUGUGGAAACACAUCAAGCACAAGUAUGAGAGCAGUGAAAACUGAAAUGCUCAGCAGCAGGAUCCAGCCUGGGGUGGCAAAAGACACUGCAGAGAAGGAUCUGCUCUCGUGAAACUGGUUGCAUCAAAAUGGGAAUGGAUUCCUGAUUGAACAGCUCCGAGCCAGGUUAUAUCAGCCACCUACUGAUAUGAUGUAAGCCUAGAUGGACUCAAGGAGUUCUGCUGCUGUACUCAAACUUACUGUGUUAAAAUAAACCAUUCUUGGUCCAUG